AUGGAUAUCGACAAUCCACCUUUGUCGAGCCCUGGCGACCAGUCGACCCCGGCUGAAGACCGACGUAAAUCUGGCCGACAAACGCGCCGACCCGAGGUCUUCUCUCAAACCACAUUCUCUGCCGAGGAACAAGCCGGUGGAAAGCGCAAGCGAGAUGAGGCCGGCGAGGAUGGCGAGGACGACGCGUCGGAGUCAGACAGCGAAGAUGCUGGCGAGGAUGACACAGAUGAGGAGGAAUUGAAAGAAAAGCGACGCGCCGCACGUCGCAAUGGAACUAAGAAAGCCUCUAACUCUAAGCCCAAAUCCAAGGGAUCACACGCAUCAAAGAAACCCAAGGUUACGAAUGGACUGGGAAAACAGCUCGCCUUCCGGCCAGCGACUAACGGCCGGCUUCCCGCUGCUCGUCCUCGCAAGCCCAAGGUUCGUCCUAGCCUUGCAGCGGGUGAACGCGGUUUAUUCGCGGAGGUUUUUGGAAAAAGCAACAAUGCCGACACAGUGGCCGCUCAAUGGCUUUCCCAAUAUCAGCGCAAUAAUGGAGAUUCCAUGCGUGAUCUGAUCAACUUCAUUUUACGAUGCACCGGAACCGACCUUGAGAUUGAUACCGCCGAGGUGGAAGACGUCGACAACGCCCCAACCCGUAUCCAAGAUCUCCAAACACUAUACCAAGCAGAAGGAAUUACCGAAUACCCUCUGAUCUCGAAAGCGAAGAAAUUCAGGGCCUUUUCAGUCCUUCUCGAGGAAUUUACUGUGGCAUUGAUCCAAACUUUCCAUGCUUCUUCGGUCCUAUACACCGAUGAAAACCUGUUCGAAAACGUCCAAAUCUGGAUCACCUCAUUGUCAACAUCAAAAUGCCGACCAUUCCGCCACACUGCGACUAUGAUAUCCCUCGCAAUCAUGAACGCUCUGUGUGAAAUCGCACGUGAGGUCACAACAGGUGUGUCCACAUCCAGGAAGCAACUUGAGAGCGAGAAGAAAAAGAAGACUGUGAACAAGGGUCGCGUGGAGGCAAUCAAAACCGCCAUAUCUGAGGGAGAAGAGAAGGUGGAGAAACUGGACGAGUUCCUGCAAGAUGGGUUCGACACCGUCUUUGUCCAUCGAUACCGAGACAUUGACAGCCAAAUCCGUGUCGAGUGCCUGACAGCCCUUGGUGGGUGGAUUCGCACCUACCGAGAUAUUUUCUUUGAAGGCCAGUAUCUGCGAUACUUGGGGUGGACACUUGCGGAUGUCGUUCCACAGACCAGACUGGUCGCACUGACAGAGCUUUUGUCUCUCUAUGAAAACCGAGACAACAUUGCGGGUUUGCACUCCUUCACUGAGCGCUUCCGCCAACGAAUUGUUGAGAUCGCUGUUCAAGAUGCUGAUGUCUCUGUUCGUGUUACUGCGGUUGAGCUUCUCAAUCACCUCCGCGAAGGUGGUCUACUUGAGCCACAAGAUAUCGAUGCUGUCGGUCGAUUAGUGUUCGAUAUGGACCCUCAAAUUCGCAAAGCCGCUGGUCGAUUCUUCGUGGCCAAUGUGCAAGAUGCAUAUGAGUCAAUUACGGAGGAAGUGGGCGAAGAGAUCGGUGACCUUUUAGCAGAUGAUGAUGAAGACGACUAUGAAUCGCCCAAGCACGCAUGGAUCAAAUUCAAAUGCCUCACUGACCUGUUCCAAGCUUAUGACGCAGAACAGUCUGAACAACAACCAGAGCCCAUGUCCCGUAACACGCUACUGGGAGUACCGAUCGAGUCUCGCUUCGCGCUUGCGACGGAGGCUGUUUACCCUCACAUGGAAGAGCUUGCUCAGUGGCCAUCACUGGCCGGGUAUUUGCUCUAUGAUCACUCUCAAAUCACAGAUGAACCGUCUGAAGACGACACCGCCGGAGUUGUGAAAAACCUCUACAAGAUUCAGGAGGGACAAGAGUCGAUUCUUCUUGAAUUGCUUUGUGCGGUAGUAAAGCUUCGUGUGCUUGAUGUCUCCAAGUCUGACAUUGACAAACGCGGGCGCAAAGUCAAAGCUUUGACUGCUAAGAUUCCCGAGCUCCAGGAGGAGAUCUCUCACAACCUUGCUCAGAUUAUUCCCCGUCUUCUCAACAAAUUCGGCUCCACGCCCGAGGCGGCUUCUGCCGUCUUGCGGCUGGAACACCUCGUGGAUCUAGACUCAAUCCAGGAUCUCCAGAAGGAUGCCACAGCUUAUUCAUCAUUGCUCAAUGAUAUCAACAAGCAAUUCUUGACACAUUCGGAUCAAGACGUUCUGGCUGAAGCCAGUGUAGCAUUCUUGCAUGCCAAGAGCUCGGAGGAGAUGCGGGAGGCCCUUGACAGCAAGGUCCAGGAACUUUGGGAUGAUAUGGUCGAGACGCUUAGUGCGUUGUCCCGAAAGAAGGAUGUUCAAGAAGGCGCCUCUAUCUCUGAUCCCACUCUCACUGAUCUGACCAACACUGUUUCUCGGAUCUCCAACCUCGCCGGAAUCACGGAUUGCGCAGCCAUCCUCGAGACCAUUCCCAACGCGCGCUCCAAGUCGAAGAAGGACCAACCCGAAGCUCCGUUCAAUUCUCUUAUUCGUCUUGCUGAGCGAGGACUACGCAGCGAGGACGACAAUGAAGACGUUGCCAAAGCAGAGACUGAGCUGGUAUCAAGCAGUAUCAGGACAUUGCUUUUCUAUUUCAUGUGGAAGGUGCAGGCACUGUCCACGGUGCUGAACAACGGGAAAGCCACUUACAACACCUCCUACUUCGAGGCACUUACUAAGAGCCGCGAGGCUUUCGCUUCGACACUCGUCGAUAUCAUGAAAUCGCGUCCUGCUCUUGACGAUCUCCGAUUCUUAGCAUGCACCACAUACCUCGAUCUGCAAACACUGUUUAGUACUCUUCGCAAUAUCGGCCAAGGCAACGGCAACGACGAAGACAUCCUCUUCCAAACUCAAAGCUUAAUCCACGAGAUCGGACCCGAACCCCAGACCCUGAUCACCAAAAUCCACAGCAUCGCCGAACGCACAGCAGCCAAGAAGAUAAGAGUCAACCUCGAGCCCGCAGACGACGACGACCCCGCCUCGGAAGAUGAGCCCGAAGACGAAGAUGAGGCCAGCGACUCCGAAGAUGAAGAGGUAGCCAACGAGCGUCUCCGCAGCAGUAUCGUUGCCGAGCAGCACCUUUGCGAAUUGACAGGCAAGCUGGUCCUCGCCAUCAUCGCGCGCAUCGUCGACGCUUCCGGCUCAAAGCGUGGCUCUUUGAAGAAGCGUCUGCUACGCAACAAGACCGCUCUCGGACACAACUACCGCGACGUCCUCUCACAUCUCGAAGAGCGCAAGCCGCGCAGUGCACCACGCAGCAAGGGGAAACAGUCCGCCAAGGCUGCUGGUUCUCCUGCUAAGGCGCCCAAGUCUGCCGAGCAGAUUGAUGAUGAGGAUGAGGAUGUGCCUGUGGAAGAGGACGACGAGGAAGAUUUGCGUGCGCGUGGUCUUGUCGAGGAGGAUAUUGAUGAGCAAAAUGGGCAUGAUGAGGAUCUUGAUUCCCCUGCGCCUGAACCGGAUGAGGAUGAGGUAAUGGGCGAUUGA